ACCCACCCUUGUAAGUUUGUACUAAUUUCUUCUUCCCCACUUUACUGACCAUUCUGAUAAAAUUCAUAGUCUUCACUUUCUCUUUUAUCUUCCCCUUCCCUCUGUUGUAUCAGUUUUUCUCUCAGUUUCUAGCUCGCUCGGCUCUUCAUUACUUUCUCUUGUUGUCUUCUUUUCUCUCUUUUGUAAAAGAUAUAACAGCUUUUCGUUUCGAUCCAAAAGAUUCUAUUCGAGAAAAAACCAUGCAAAUUGAUCAGUUAAAGUCUGCUACAGAAGGUAAUCAGAUGGAGAUGAUGACGAUAAUGAUGGAUCAGAUAGACAAACUUCCCGAAAUUUAUGGGUCUUAUGACGGGCUGUCUGAAUUGCCCUCACCUGAGGUCCCUGAUGGUGCAACCACCGGUACUGGCGUCGACGUCGACAUGGCAUAUUUUGUUGAUAACCCACAUGUUGGUUUAGCUUCGCCGUCUUUCAUAAACCAACCAACCAGUACUAUUUCAUUCGUGGGUUCAACUCCCGUUCAGGAAGUAUCUCCAUCCCCUCCUGCUUUCUCGUAUGGGAGAUGGAGAGGUGCGGUUGAUGAGUUACCAGGUGCAAGUGCUUCUUCUACAACACCGUCGCAGAAGAAGAACUCGAUGGCAGCAAUGCGGGAGAUGAUAUUCCGCAUCGCAGCAAUGCAGCCAAUUUAUAUAGAUCCAGAAUCAGUGAAGCCACCGAAGAGAAGGAACGUGAAGAUAUCAAAGGACCCUCAAAGUGUGGCGGCCAGGCACAGGAGGGAGAGGAUAAGCGAGAGAAUAAGGAUUCUUCAAAGACUCGUUCCCGGAGGAACCAAAAUGGACACUGCUUCCAUGUUAGACGAGGCAAUUCACUACGUAAAGUUCUUGAAGACCCAGGUACAGUCGCUGGAGAGAGCUGCGGCUAACCGGCCACCUCCAACAACAGGGACAGGGUUUCCUGUGGCAAUGUCUAGUGGGAAUUACCUUCCAAUAUUGCCAAAAACAUACCCAACAAUUCCAAAUGAUCAGCGUUAUGGAGGUGCUUAAUUUUACUAGGGACAUAUAUACAUUAAUGUCUUUUUUGUUUUGGUGCUGUUAUUUCCUUCAAUUCAUAUCUAGUGUCUGCAGGACCAGAUGUUGUAUUGAUAUAUAUAUAUAUAUAUAUAUAUAUAUAUCAAAUAAGCAGAAAAUCAUGAG